UUGUUAUCAGAAGUACGGAACACGCUUUGUUGAAGCUCUUUGGUCUGACCGGUAGUAGAUAACUUCUGCGGAGGCGGGACAGGUAACCGUAUACCUUAUACCGCAAGACAACACGAACAACGGCCAACGAAAAUAUAAUAAAAUGUGUUAUUCCUAUCAGAAAUCACAAUAGGUGUUUUACUCUCUAAUAUUUGACGGUAUAAAAACAUUUAUUAUUAUAUUUCCAAAUAAUUUCAUUAAUUUUACAUAACAUACAGUAUAAAUCUACUAUUUUGUUCGGCCAUCGCAGUUAUUGUUUGUUCAAUCGUUUUGUUUUCCUUAUUAAAACUGACUACUUACUUAUUAAAUCCAACGGUUUUUUCGUAAGACGUUCUCCCUCGUUACAGACGCCAAUAAGAAGGUUCACACGUGUAAAUUACAUUCGGCGUCAUCGUCGGUUGUACCCUACCGUGUUGUCUGUGGUAUCUUAGCUGGAAACAUGAUAAGUGAAGAGCCAGAGAUUUCCUUGAUUAACGUAAAGUUACGUUUGGGUACAAUGACUAUGUAUACCGAAAAAGUAUACAUAGAUUUGCAAUCGCCCGUCAGCGUAUUGAGAAACAAAAUGUGUGAAAAGGAUAACACUCUGACCAAAGGUAAUUUUGUAAUAGUUUAUUCCGGAAAUGUCAUGGAAGAUCGUUCUCCUAUUUAUAUGUACGAUGUUGUCAAUGGAGCUACUGUACAUUUAUUCAAAAAAAUUAAGAUAGAUGACCCAGAAUCUCCAAAAUGUAUUGAUCUAAGUAGUGCGGGAAUGGUGAAACUGGGUGUAGCUUUUCGUUCACUCUCGUUAAAUUCUUCAUAUAAAUGUGCAUUGAUGAAAAUUAGUAAGGCCAAAAUGUUAUCUGAUCUUAUCACAUCUACUCCUCAAUUGAGUGGAGAUCCUGUAGCAAUUACUCUUUUACAACAUCCUGAGCUAUUAGCCAAACUCAAUGAUGUUACUUUGGUGAAACGCAUUGCGGAAACUCAUCCUAGUUUGGCAUUAGCGGCAAUUCAAAUUUCUGCAGUUGUUCAUGAUCAAGUUGUGCAGAACCACUUGGCAUCAGAUGUGUUGGCCAGAUCUAUGUCUGCUGGCAGUGAUGAUGAUAUGGACGAUUUAGAUGAUUCAUCCCCUGGAUCGGACACUAACAGUCAACCAUUGAAUAGAAACUUAUCUUAUGCCAUCACUGCCGCACAGUUGGCCACAGCUAUAGCAAAUGUAACGACUCAGCAACCACAGCCUAGUACUAGUGGUGCAAGUACAUCAACUGCAAAUACAGGAAAUGUGCCUCUGACUCCUAAUACUACACAAAGUCAAUCAACUACGCCAGCAGUUGAUUAUACUCAUCAAUUAGGAGUAAUGAGAGAAAUGGGUCUGUACAAUGAACCUUUAAACCUUCAAGGAUUGCGACUAGGAGGUGGUAGCUUGGAAACUGCCAUUGAAUUAGUAUUAAGUGGUUUUGAUAUUUUAAAUACAGAUAAUUCACACCCUCGAUUUUAAUAUCUAAAAAUAUUAAUAUUUACCUAUAAUAUUGUAUUAUAAUGGUUUUAAAAAUAAGCGAUGAUUAACAUUUAGUUAUUAUUCUUCCGUUUGAUUUUGAUUUUUAAUUUGUCAACAUAAAUUUAAAGACAAAUAAAAUAUUAUUAAAUUAAAAAUGUAAUAUUUGUACACUUCAAACAGAAUAUUAAUUUGCAUUCAAUUAUGACAUGUUUCCAGCUAAGAUUACAUUAAUGUGUUUUGUGUGUGGUACCAUGAACUACUACAGGUAGUAGUAUAUUAGAUAAAUAAUUUUAUUUUCUAUUUAUUUAUAUAAUAUCUACAUAAUAUGAUUAAGGGAUGUAUUAUGUAUUAUAUUAUUUAUUAGAAAGUAUUAGCAACCAAAAUAUAUAAACAAUAACUGUAGGUAUUCAUGUUAUAGUGUCACUAACUACCUAUUGAUAGUUGCUACUCGUAAUUUGUGUAUUAGAUAUAAAUAUAUAUAUUAUGUUCCAACAAAUUAUAAUGUAAAAACAGUUAUAUAUUUUAAAAAAAUUAAUCAAAUAUUUUAUAUACCGAAUACCUAAUACUAACUUUAUUUGUGUAUAUAUUAAUUUAAUAAAUUAUUGUGAUAUUAUUUAAUUUUUAAGAUCAUAUUUUUCCAGGGUUAUUCACAAUAAGAUAUCUGUACAAAACAUAAUUAAUCUUAGAAAUCCUCAGUAAUACAAAAGUAUUAAUUUGAGUUGAAAACAAAUAAAAAUUAAUUUCAUACAUUUAUUCUAUAUGUAACAUAAUUAAUCAUUUUACUUUCUACUGUCUGUGUAUUUUUUCCCCUUAAUAAUGUUUAUACAAAUUAUUAAGUACAAUUAAUAACUAUUAUCAUUUAUCAUUAAUAUAUAAUACCUGUAUUUUUGUCUUUACGCUUAAAUGUUAAUUUAGUACAGUAGUACUAGUGUCUAGUGGUGUAAGUAAAGUAAAUACUGACUGAACUGUGGUCUGUGAUGAUGCUCAUGAGUUAUGAUAUAAUAAAAAUCAAAUAAAAAAUA